AGGGCGUUGAAAGGACUGCUGGAGUAGGCAUCACAUGGCUCCGUCAGUCUUUUGGUGUGUGCCCUGCUGAUGCUGAUGAGGCUACAGUCCAGUUCUAUUGUCGAGCUUGGAUCUUGCACAUGUUUGGUUGUGUCCUCUUCCCAGACGCCACAUGAGACUGCGCGUCCUGGAUGUACAUCCCAUGUCUAACCGACUGGGAUACAGCUGGACAGUACAGUUGGGGCUCCGCUGUGCUUUCUUUUUUGUACCGGCAGCUUUGUGAAGCUUGCCGUCGUACGUCCUCCUCUUCGUCUAUAGGCGGUUGCGUCUACCUCCUGCAGAUAUGGAUGUGGUUUCGCAUACCAGUUGGUCGACCACGUGUUUUCCAGCCUAGACCCUGGCCAUGGAUGAUUUAUGGAAAUGAACGUCUUCGACCGACGUAUGCUUAUAUUUGGGACCAAGUGGCAGCUCCUUUUGCGAGAGCUAAGAGGGCAUACAUGGAGUAUGUUAACGAGUUUGACACCCUUUCUGCCUCUAGCGUCACAUGGCAGCCAUACAACGCACCUGAGUAUGCUGGGAUGAUCUUUAGUGUAGUAUGCAGCAGUGAAGAUGAACUCUAUAUGAUGCAAUGUCCUUUGGUCUGUUUCUGGUGUGUUGAGUGGCACCUACCUCACAGGGUUCAGAGACAGUUUGGUAGGAACCAGCUAUGGCCGGUUGAAGAUGUUCCUACUUCAAAGGAGCUACACAAAUUUGACCGGCGGAAGCAAAAGAAGAUAACAGACUUUCGUCAACAUCAUCUGAUAUUAGUAAAUAAUUGGGAAUCGGGUGCUGAGAAUGUAUAUUCCAACGAUGAGUUGCACAACAACAGUGAUUACAGGCGGUACCAAGCUUGGUACCAGGGUGCGACUCGUUGUAAGCUUCGCCAGCAGUGGACAGCGGAAGACUACGCCGACAUUGAUUCUUCUGACGAUGAAGAAACGGAGUAUGACCUGUCCACUAGACUGGGAACCCAAGUGGAGGCGGCACCCAUAUUAGAUCGAGUGGGUAACACAUUGCGACGGUCGGUAGAGGACAUUGAUCGCCAACUUUUGACUACGGGCGACAGCAGCAUGCGCAGCUUCUUGCAGCGUUUAUCUAGGCGCCUACGUGGAGCUGCUGCUCGCUGUGGCUGCAGGACUACUGUUGAACAUGACGUCCAUGUACCAUCGUGUACCGACACAGCAACGCCCUCCACAGGUCUUGGUGCUGGCUUCGACUACGAUCACGACGAGAUAGGACCUUCACAGCUUGAGGGGGCUCCUUCGACACAGCCAUUACAACCACAAGAGCGUAGGCGACACCGCUCUCCACAACGUUACACUCUAGGCACCGACGCUUUAGGCAAGGGUAAGACUAGGAGACGUUGA